CACGGCCUCCGUUGCAUUACUCGAGGACGUAGGUGGCGGCGGCAGUCAGCCAUAUUGUCUCUGAUACAGCAGAAAUCUCACACUUGCAGACACACCGGAGUCGGAGGGAGGCGAGGACCUUUGGCUUAAACAACAUCAGCUAACUGGGAAGCCUUUCAGUCGUCGAAUUGAUCAAGGGGCUAUCCCACCGUGCCCCUGGUGGCCCCUUCCCCCGUCCUCAGGCAAAGCCCCCCCCCAAACCCUUUGCCCUGUAGGGAUCAACCCCUUCACCCCCUACUUUCCCUCCUCUUCCUCCCACCCAUCCUCCCUGUACUCCAACAGUCUUCCGCUGCAGUGAGAGUCCCUGACCAUCUCUGCCAAGCUGUCGGACAUGUCAGGACCCGUGCCGAGCCGGGCCCGAGUGUACACUGAGGUCAACACUCACCGGCCAAGGGAGUACUGGGACUAUGAGUCCCAUGUGGUGGAAUGGGGGAAUCAGGAUGACUUUCAAUUGGUGCGUAAGCUCGGACGUGGCAAGUACAGCGAAGUCUUUGAAGCAAUCAACAUCACCAACAAUGAGAAGGUUGUGGUGAAGAUACUCAAGCCUGUGAAGAAAAAGAAAAUCAAGCGUGAGAUCAAGAUUUUGGAGAACCUACGUGGAGGUCCUAACAUCAUCUCCCUCAUCGAUAUUGUGAAAGACCCUGUAUCCCGGACGCCCGCCUUGGUAUUCGAGCAUGUUAACAACACAGACUUCAAGCAACUGUACCAGACUCUGGCAGACUAUGACAUUCGGUUCUACAUGUACGAGAUCCUAAAGGCCCUAGACUACUGCCACAGCAUGGGAAUCAUGCAUAGAGACGUGAAGCCACAUAACGUGAUGAUUGAUCAUGAACACCGCAAGUUGCGCCUUAUCGACUGGGGGCUGGCCGAGUUUUACCACCCAGGACAGGAGUACAACGUCCGAGUGGCCUCCCGCUACUUUAAAGGCCCCGAGCUCCUGGUGGACUAUCAGAUGUAUGACUACAGUCUUGAUAUGUGGAGCUUGGGUUGUAUGUUGGCUAGCAUGAUCUUCAGGAAGGAGCCCUUCUUCCAUGGCCAUGACAACUACGACCAGUUGGUGAGAAUAGCCAAGGUUCUGGGGACUGAAGACCUGUACGACUACAUCGACAAGUACAACAUUGAGCUGGAACCGCGCUUCAACGACAUUCUGGGGAGGCAUUCUCGUAAGCGAUGGGAGCGUUUUGUCCACAGUGAAAACCAGCACCUGGUCAGCCCCGAGGCUCUGGACUUCCUGGACAAGCUGCUGCGCUACGACCACCAGGCCCGGCUGACGGCCCGAGAGGCCAUGGACCACCCCUACUUCUUCCCCAUUGUGAAGGAUCAGUCUCGUGGGGCCGCGUCAGCCAACCUGGCCAGUGGGAACACAGCUGUUAGCUCAUCCAGCAUGAUCACUGGUAUCUCUGCCUUGCCAGUCUCCACUGCCCUGGGCCCCCUCACCGGCUCCCCGGUCCUCUCUGCUGCCACCACCGUCCUGAGCCCCCCGGUGCCCGCCGCGGCCCCGCAGUGACAUCUCACCCUAAACAAUCCCCCCUUCGGCUCUCCCAAGUCCUCCACCACCACGGCUGGGGGGGGGAACCCGACAGGUGCCACUCGGCCAGCCCCACCCCCCCACAUCCAACCUGACUCUGUGACCCCGCUCACCAACCUCCCAGCUGCAGGACGCCGUCGCCUCAGAAAAGAACGAUGUUUUUCCGUUCCUCUCCUGAACUUGUUACCCUGACAUCUGAAAUGAAUGUUCUGUGUAAUUGAAAUAUACAGGUAUUCCUUUGAUUUUCCCACAAGCCGUAGUGUGCUGAGUCUGAGAGCGCUGUCAUCCACAGCUGACUCCUGUGUGAUUUAGUUUGGCUUGUGAAGGAAGUGGUCAAUAAGUACGGCAUCAGAAGGCAAAGACGUGUUGGCUAUCAGGACCAAAAGGAUCAUCCUGUAUAGUUUACUGCUGCAGCGUCAGCAACAGAACAAGACCUGAUGCGCUGUAAUCCUCUCCCGAUGAGUGUACCGCCCUCCAGGUCACAGCAUUUUGGACGUUUUUGGUGCUGUUCAGUGCUCUAGGUGUUUGUGAACACAAUGACACUUUAUCUGCCUGAGUAGUUUUGUCUUGCCUUUCUUACCAAACCAGAUCACAAGUCUUCUUUUGAUAUGCGACUCUCCGUCAAGUCAUCCGUUAAUAAUUAGUUUUGUAUAGCUGGUUAAGGUUUAUCACCAUCAAGUGGUUUGAUCGGCUCUAGUUUUGUACUAGGGUCUUUAAGGAGCCAGGUAAGGUUCAUUCAGGUUCUCAAAUGUGCUGCUUUCCAGUUCCUUGAAUUACUUCAAGUGGCUUUUCUUGAAUUACUUCAAGACAUAACCAAAGUUUACUCAGUUGGUUGGAAGGAGAGACUGACCAAACCUAGUUGUGUGGGAGCUCCUCAUGGAGACACUGAAAUAUGGGUUCUAGUAAAUAGGAUGACAACAUGAUCCAAUAAUCCUCUGCAGGUGACUGAAGUGCUGUUAGUGUUGAGGAAAGGUCACCUGUGUUAUGUAGUGACAGGAGUCAGAGCGUUUACUGGCUUUCAUCGACAUGUAAAGAGAGUUAUUGGAGUUGAAUAGCACUUGAAGUGUUCCCAGUGUUUUAGUGCCAGAUCUGUACGUUUUAGACCCUGCUGUACAUAAGCAUUUUUUUUCUCAUUUCAAAACCUGUAAAUGCAAAUAAAUCCGAACAUGUGUACAUUGACCUGAGAAUGGAGCGGUUUGAGUCCCUACAUCACUGUAUAUAUUUGUAUGUCCCUAUGUAGAAGACUAGUAUUUGGAAAUAUUUGUGUAAAUAAACACGUGUUUUAUUUAUCAGGUA